GUAGCCCGCGGCUGCGACCCGGCGUUCCCAGCUUUCCCUCCUCUCCGGCUGUCUCCUGCCCCCGCCUCCGCCCUUCCUCCCCGGGCUUUUCCCGCCGCCUCACCCGGCCCGCCCGUCUGCCUUUCCAGUCUGGCCGGCGGGGGCCGCACGCUCGGCGGCUCAGGCCGUGGGACCGUGGUCACACCCUUACCAGAAACUCUUGGCUGGUAAUCGCGAAGCCGACAGGGAGCAAGAGCUGGGAGAGCUGGAGAAAACCGCUCUAAUCUGACUUGAUUCUGGCAAGAAGUGGACCCUGCAUUGUAAUAACCAACAUUUGCAAAGCGGUCUCAGAGGCUCUAGGGUGAUUCGUCUCAGAGAUUCCUCAAGAACUGAGCCCUUUGCAGGACUCAUGCCCCAGCCUGUGCCCCCAUGACCAGGUGGAUAGCACUCCUUGUGCCUGCGACCCAGAACCCUGGCUGACCACAUUGAAGCAGGAUGCUCCAGCAGGCCCCCACCCUCAUGUAGCUGCCAGCUGGUCUGAGUCCCAGCUCUCCUGGCCCUGUUACUCCCUCCCAGGUUAAUGGCCACAGUUCAGGCUCUGAUGCCCAUGGCGGGGAAUCCCUCAGAGAAGACCUGCAGGAGUUCCUGGGGGGGGAGGCCCCGCUGCACCAGCUGGAUGACCUCACCAAGGUGAAUCCUGUGACGCUGGAGACAGAGGGAGCGCUGUAAGGCGGGUGUUUGUACGUGCAGUUAUGUCUCCAUUUGAGCCAGAGUUUGCUAAAGGCACCUCUGCCUCAGUCCUGAGGUGUCUGCAGGCCCGGUACACAGCAGACACGUUCUACACCAACGCUGGCUGCACCCUGGUGGCUCUGAACCCCUUCAAGCCCAUCCCUCAGCUCUAUUCACCAGAGCUGAUGCAAGAGUACCACGCUGCUCCUCAGCCCCAGAAACUGAAGCCCCACAUCUUCACUGUGGGUGAACAGACCUACAGGAGUGUCAAGAGCCUGAUCGAGCCAGUCAACCAGUCUGUUGUCGUCAGUGGAGAGAGUGGUGCUGGAAAGACAUGGACGUCCCGCUGCCUGAUGAAGUUCUACGCUGUGGUGGCCGCCUCACCCACAUCCUGGGAAAACCACAAGAUUGCAGAGAGGAUCGAACAGCGAAUCUUGAACUCCAACCCUGUCAUGGAAGCUUUUGGGAACGCGUGCACGCUGAGGAAUAACAACAGUAGCCGCUUUGGGAAGUUCAUCCAGCUUCAGCUGAACAGCCUGCUUGUGCCCAGGGCCCAGCAGAUGACUGGAGCUGCAGUUCAGACCUACUUGCUAGAGAAAACUCGAGUGGCCUGCCAGGCCUCCAGUGAGAGGAACUUCCACAUCUUCUAUCAGAUCUGCAAAGGAGCCAGUGCGGACGAGAGGCUCCAGUGGCACCUCCCUGAGGGAGCCGCCUUCUCCUGGCUGCCCAACCCAGAGAGGACCUUGGAAGAGGAUUGUUUCGAGGUGACCAGGGAGGCCAUGCUUCUUUUGGGCAUCGAUGCCCCCACCCAGAACAACAUCUUUCAGGCCCUAGCUGGACUGCUGCACCUCGGCAACACCCGGUUUGCUGACUCCGAGAACGAAGCCCAGCCCUGCCCACUGAUGGACGAUGCUGAGUGCUCUGUCAGGACAUCGGCCUCACUGCUGCGGCUCCCAGAAGACGCUCUGCUGGAGACACUGCGGAUUCGGACCAUCAGGGCAGGCAGGUGGCAGCAGGUGUUCCGGAAGCCCUGCUCCCGGGCCGAGUGUGACACCCGCAGAGACUGUCUGGCCAAACUGGUCUAUGCACGGCUGUUUGACUGGCUGGUAUCGGUGAUCAACAGCAGCAUCUGUGCGGACCCCGACUCCUGGACCACGUUCAUAGGCCUGCUGGAUGUGUACGGGUUUGAGUCCUUCCCCACCAACAGUCUGGAACAGUUGUGCAUCAACUACGCCAACGAGAAGCUGCAGCAGCACUUCGUGGCUCACUACCUCAGGGCCCAGCAGGAGGAGUACACAGCUGAGGGCCUGGAGUGGUCGACUGUCAGCUACCAGGACAACCAGACCUGUUUGGAUCUCAUCGAGGGGAGCCCCAUCAGCAUCUGCUCCCUCAUAAACGAGGAAUGCCGCCUUAAUCGGCCAAGCAGUGCAGCCCAGCUCCAGACACGCAUUGAGAGUUCCCUGGCAGGCAGCCCCUGCCUGGGCCACAACAAGCUCAGCCGGGAGCCCAGCUUCAUCGUGGUGCAUUAUGCGGGGUCUGUGCGGUACCACACCGCAGGCCUGGUGGAGAAGAACAAGGACCCCAUCCCCCCUGAGCUGACCAGGCUCCUGCAGCAAUCCCAGGACCCCCUGCUCAAGGUGCUGUUUCCUGCUGACCCUGAAGAGAAGUCCCAGGAGGAGCCCUCUGGCCAGAGCAGGGCCCCUGUGUUGACCGUGGUGUCCAAGUUCAAGGCCUCCCUGGAGCAGCUUCUGCAGGUCCUGCAUAGCACCACACCCCACUACAUUCGCUGCAUCAAGCCCAACAGCCAGGGCCGGGCGCAGAUGUUCCACCAGGAGGAGGUCCUGAGCCAGCUGGAGGCCUGUGGCCUCGUGGAGACCAUCCACAUCAGUGCCGCCGGCUUCCCCAUCCGGGUCUCUCACCGGAACUUCCUGGAGCGGUAUGAGUUACUGAGAAGGCUCUGUCCUGGCGUAGCCCCCAGCCCCCAUGGCCCACCUCUAGAUGAAGGGCGCUCAGAAUGGUCUCCACACUCCGAGCAGGCCACGCUGCAAGCCCUCCUCCAGGACAUCCUCCACACUCUGCCAGCCCUGGCUCGGGCACCAGCUGAGGCCACGCCGGCCCCAGUGCACUGUGGCAGGACCAAGGUGUUCAUGACGGACUCCACGCUGGAGCUUCUGGAACGCGGGCGUGCCCAGGUGCUGGAGCAGUGUGCCCGCUGCAUUCAGGGUGGCUGGAGGCGACACCGGGGCCGCAAGCAGGAGAGGCAGCGGCGGGCCGCCGUGCUCCUCCAGGCAGCUGUUCGUUCCUGGUUGACUCGGAAGCACAUCCAGAGGCUGCACGCAGCUGCCACGGUCAUCAAACGUGCGUGGCAGGAGUGGAGAAUCAGAAUGGCCUUCCUCGCUUCUAAAGAACUGGAUGGUGUGGAAGAACAACACUCGUCUCAAGUCACCUGUUCCCCGAGCUCCUUUCCACUGCCCCAGGCACAGACCAGGCUCCUGGGGGCAGUAACCCGCUUCUGGCCCCUGGGACUGGUCCUUGCCAACGCCGCUGUGGGUGCUCGCGGCUUCCGGAGGAGGCUGGUGGUCUUCGCCUGCCUCCCACUCCCCGUGGGCAGCCUCAGCAGCUACACUGUCCAGACAGCACAAGAACAAGCUGGAGUCACGUCCAUCCGAGCGCUGCCUCAGGGUUCGAUAAAGUUUCACUGCAGAAAGUCUCCACUGCGCUAUGCUGACAUCUGCCCUGAACCUUCGCCCGACACUGUUACUGGCUUUAAUCAGAUCCUGCUGGAAAGACACAGGCUGGGCCACGUGUGAUCUCUCCUCACGUUCCAUCCUCACCUGGCCGGGCCCUCCCUGGUGCCUUUGUUUCUCCAAGGCCUUUUCCUGCCAGCUGCCUUGCCAAAGACAUCUAAUCAACACACAGCUGCCAAACAACUCCCACAGCGACUCGGAGCACACGUCGGGGAGCCAGGGCUCCAGUCUGCAGGCCAGGCCGGGGCGGCAGCUGCACCAGUGGCCCGGGACACCGAUCUACGCCUCCAGCCCUGAUGGGUGUGAGGGCUGGUAGCUACCAAACCUGGAUUAAGAAACUUCAGGGCCUUCACAGACCCCACUCGGUGGUGCUGGACAGCAGGCACCCCACUCCUCCAACCACACAGGCAAAGUCAGCUUGAAAUGAGCUCUAAAAUUUUGGCUGGCAGAAAUUUUGACUUUAGUUCCUUUAA